AUGCAGAUCGUUGAAAAGAGACAUGCACAGCUCUCAAAUUAUGAAGUAUUGGCACUUCUUCGUGAACUGGAUGAAAAACAAAAAGAACAAGCACGAAUUAACCCACAAAUCAAAUUUGCAGAAAAUCUAAAAACCAUUCAAUUUGAGGUUAUACAAAAUCUAAAAUCACCACAAUCACCAGCAAAAACUCAAACUCCUGAACAAAUUGAAUCAAUUUUAUUUGAAUUAAAGAAGUAUAAUUUAACUAAAUCCGAAAAAUUACAGAUCAUCAAUUUGAGACCACAAAGCAUUGCCGAACUAGAAUUGAUUAUAGAAGAUUGUGAAGAUCGAUUCCCAAUGGAAACACUUCGGGAGAUGAUUUAUUUGAUUGGAACUAACCUACCAAUGCCGGGUAAGGUUGUACGUCGCUUGGAAAGUGGUAAUGAACCCUUAGAAGAUGAUGAGGUGUUGACAUUUAUUCAUUACGAGGCAGAUCCAAUGGAACAGUAA